UUUCAGGUUUUUGAGCAAUGUUAGGAAAUUGUAUCGCAGUCCCACAAAUGUCACCAAUCGCAAACAUUCGGUGUUAAUUGUAUAUUAGCUAUGAUGUCAUCGACUCAUUCAGAAGAUCAUGUUUAUGAUGUUCACAUGGACAUCAGUCAUCAGUUUUUCCCACUUCCGAGCGUAGCAAUUCCGGAUAUCACUAUUAAUCACCCAUCUGUGGCAGAGUACAAUUUCGAGAAUGAGAGAAAAGCUAUUGCUGAUUACGAAAAGAAUAAAACCGCCUUAGCAGUCAAAGUGAAGGAAAUGAAAACUAGGAAUGUAAUCCCUGCGAAACAAUCAAACAUUAUGGUUGAGAGAGUGCCAAAUUUAAUCUGCGAAUUACAUGCUCGAAAAGUUCAUUCAGGCGUUAUACUGAAACCGAGUCGCGCUGUAGCCACAACUCAACAGCAAAAUACGAAACCAGUGAAACCAGCACUGAAUGCCUUCGAAGAAUUUGAGUUGAAACCAAAUCUCUUUGAUCUCCUGGAAUUAAGUACUAUAGAUGAUAAAGCUGCCCUUGAACAGAUACUUGCCAAUGCGCCACAAUCUCCGAGCGUUGUCGGAAGUAGUACCCAACCUUCUUCAGGAUUAAUGUCUUCAUCAUCGAUUCCAAACAUGGGUUUGAAAACAUCAGAAACCGAUGAUACUCACAGUCUAUAUAAUUUGUCGACUCUCAAAAGCUAUAAUAACUCAUUUGGUAUUGGCGUAUCUAGUGCCUCUUUCAGGCGAAACUUGUAGAGUUUUCUUUGGGCUAACUAAAUUCGGAUCGUUUUAAAAGCCGUUCUUACUGAAUCGCUGACGAAUGAAUCAUUGCAGAUUCUGAUGUACUUGGUUUUUAUCACUUAAUUUGCAUUUACUCCAGUUUGUUCACCUGCUUUGUCACUAAGAAAUUAAAGCGAAAUAAAAUUUCGUUUACUGGCGAA